AUGGAAGAGAGAACGGUGCCUCAUGCCUACCCCAUGACUGCUGAAUAUGAAUUUGCAAACCCCACAAAGAUUUUUGAUCAAAACAUUGCAGAAGGUAUUGCACCAGAAGACCUUUUAUGUCCAACAUUAUACCAUGGCUAUUAUAUCAGGCCCAGGAUUAACAAGCAGACAGGGAGAGGAUUUUCUGAGAUUAAUAUGAAUGAUCACAAAUUCCAAGUGUUCUUGGAUGUUAGCCAUUUUCUCCCGGAUGAGAUCAGUGUUCGUACUAUAGACAACCUGCUUGAGGUCUGUGGGCAGCACCCACAGAAGAUUGAUAGGCAUGGCUUUAUCUCUAGGACAUUUAAGAGGACAUACAUUCUACCUUUGGAUGUUGACCCUCUGCUGGUGAGAACCACUUUGUCUCAUGAUGGAAUCUUAAGCAUUGAGGCCCCGAGGAAAGGGGUGGAUUUGAAAAGUGAAGUAAAUGUGGUGAAGAUAGAGGUGCAGAAGUCUACGGAGGUAGAACAUGAAAGCUCAGCUCAGGACCAGACUGAGAAGCCACACAUUUUAAGGGACACUAUCGAACCUAAGUAG